UCGUUCUGUGAAGGUACCAAAUGACAAACAAGCUCGGCUCCAGUCGCCAUGAAGGUUCUAACCAGAAGCACGCUCCAUCGCCUCACAUCAACUUCCAAACAAUCACCAAUUAUCCCAACGCACAAAACCCAAUUCCUUUCCACUGCCUUCAAUUCCUCAACCCCAAUUCCUUCCAAGUUCUCCCAGCAAUCCCAUUACAGGAAACAGAUUUCCCUCGCCAAUCUCCUCCAGAGGUACGGCUUCCCUUCAUCUCAACUCCACAAUUUCCUCGCAAAAAACAAAUUUUUGCUGAAUUCCAAUUCGUGGGAGAUUGAAAAGUCUCUGGGUAUUCUCUUAAAACUCAAAAUUCCACAGAAAUCUUUGGUUUCGUUGAUAUGUGACUGUCCUGGGGUCUUGGAAUUUGAAUUUCUAAGGAAAUGGGAAAUGGGAUUCCUAGAAUUGGAGUUCUUGAGUGGUUCCCCAUUGAUAAUUAGGAAUGUGCUCGAGCUUGCUAGGAGGUUUCAGUUAGACCCAUAUGGAUUUUCUAGGAAUGUUAACGUUUUGAGGGGUUUAGGGUUUAGUGAUGGUACUGUUAGUAGGGUAUUAGAGGGCUUUCCAAGGGUAAUUAUGAUGAACAAGAAGGAAAUUCAUAGGAGAAUUGUAUUUUUUAUGGACAUUGGGAUUGAAAGGAAUGAAAUUGAUUGGAUUUUUCGUUCGUUUCCUUGUGUUUUAGGAUUUGGGGUUGAAGAGAGGUUAAAGCCAUUGCUUUUUGAGUUUGGAGAUUUGGGGUUUAGUGAGGAUUUGGUUAGGAAAGAGAUUGUUAGGGAACCGAGAAUUCUCGGGAUGGAAUUGGGGGAACUUUCGCGGUGUUUGGAAUUGCUGAGGACUUUGAAAUGCCGGCAACCGAUCAAGGAGAAGAUUUUGAUUGGAGGAGCAUUUAGAGCUGGGUUUGAAGUGAAACUGAGAGUUGACUGCUUAUGCAAACAUGGGUUGAUCCGUAGAGAAGCCUUUAAGGUGCUGUGGAAAGAGCCAAGGUUGAUUGUGUAUGAGAUAGAGAACAUUGAGAAGAAGAUUGAGUUUUUGGUGCAUAGGAUGAAACUGAAUGUUGGCAGUUUGGUUGAUGUUCCUGAGUAUUUGGGUGUAAACUUUGAAAAACAGAUUGUUCCUCGGUACAAUGUGAUUGAGUAUUUGAGAGCAAAAGGUGGGCUUGGUUUUGCGGUGGGGUUGAGGGAUUUGAUAAAGCCAAGUAGGCUUAGAUUUUACAAUCUUUAUGUCAAGCCAUAUCCGGAGUGUGAAAGAAUGUUUGGUAGAUUUUCAGGCGAUGUUGAAGUUAAAAGCCGGCAUCCAAUUGGUCUGUGGAAGCUCUUUAAACCACCAAGGCAUUCAGAAUCCAAAGAAGAUGUGGAAAACAUGAAAUGCUUCGUGGAAUUCCUAGCCUAAAGGAGGAGGAGGAAAGAGAGAGAGAGAGAGAGAGAGCUUGCUGAUUAUGAAUCAUUCCUUGUUAUCUGAAUUGAAGAGUUUACGAGUGGGUUGUUUUUGUUGCAAUCUCAGUGAUGAAACAAUUGUUGAUGGCAUGAUUAUUGCUCUUCUGGUGGAUGAUAAAGAAAGCUAAAUGAAGGGCUGCUGUUUCAUUGUACUAAUCAUCAAUCAUGUGUGUUAUACUUGAUUUAAUGCAAGUUUAUACAUAAGAAAAAGAUGUAGUGUAUCUUUAUUAACUCUGGAGGUGGUGGAGGCAGAGGUGUCUACUUGUCUUUGUGAAAUCCCCUGCAAAAAUUUGCUUAAACUUGUAGUCUAAGCCAAGGCAUUGGCAUUGGCAUGUCUCAUUAAAAGCCCAAGGGCUCUUGCCAUGGGCAUGGGUCACUUGCAUACACUCUUGUGCAUGUGAAGAGCCCCGCACACACACACACAGUCGGCAUGAGUGGAUACUCAUGUCUGGGAAAUUUAUGUUCUGAUUCUCUCUUGUAAUUUGAGUGAUCUUACUUCAACUAAGGCAAUGGAGCUUCAAUGCUUAUAGGAAGAUUUAUAGCUCCAUUAA